AUGAUGGAGCUGGAAGUGGAUCCUGUCUUGUUUAAAGAACACUAUUUGAUUAACAUUAAAUUUGUAACUUGGGCUGCAGAUAUUGUACAUUACGGUUUCCACGCCCUUUCCAACCCCUUUCCAACCCCUUCUUCGCUAGAAUUCCAUAUUCUCUGUCGCUUUCUGCCUUUACACACCCUUUCGGUUUCUAUUCUCCGUGAACCCACUAUUCAACUUUCGAAUCAUUACCGAAAAACCCUCAGAAUUUCCAGAUUGACUGUCGGUCGAUUACGGUUUGUUUUUGAAAAUUCAUUUCAACUUUUAAGGCGAUUUCGUGUUGAUCUGGAGGCCCCCGAUGCAGCUGUAUCAUCACCCGUAUUCAAUCGAGAGCCAGAAAGUCAGGCUGGCUUUAGAAGAACGAUGAAUCCAACCGCUAAACUUCCGGUUUUCCAAAAUGGUUCCCAUGUUAUCUUCAACACGAUAGAGAUUAUUCAGUACAUAGAGCGGAUUGCCCUUGUUUCUUCAGGAAGCGGAAUCAUAACACAAAGCAGCAAAAAAGUGAUCGAAUGGAUGUACAAAAUCCAAGAAUGGAACCCAAAGUUCUUCACCUUUUCCCACAUCCCCGAAAAAUACUACAUGUCCGUAUCAAAGUUCAUACGCCGCGUAAUAAUCGCCCGAAUGUCCGAAUCCCCCGACCUCGCAACCGCUUACCACACCAAACUAAAACAAGCCUACGAAACCGAAGAAAAACUACGGGACCCACAAGUCCUUCAAACCUCCACUCAGCAUCUAAUUCGCCUACUUGAUGACGUGGAAGCCCAACUGGAACAAACUUUGUACUUAGCAGGGGACGAGUUCACAUUAGCCGAUGUCAUGUUGGUUCCUGUUUUGGCCCGGUUAGGGCUCUUGGGCUUGGAAAAUGAUUAUAUAAAUUGUAGGCCGAAGUUAGCAGAGUAUUGGAGAUUGGUUCAAGAGAGGCCGAGUUAUAAGAAGGUGAUUGGGAAGCAUUUUCAAGGGUGGAAGAGACAGAAAACGUUGUUCAAGACAUGGUGCAUUAUUCGUAUGAGAUGUUUGCUAAAACGUACAAUGCAGGGUUUGUGUAUGCAUAGUACUGAAAGGAUACCUACACGCUCCACCCCACACCACACGCAUACUUCCCACCCUACCACACACACCAAUGCCCUACUCUCACACCCCCACCCAUCCACACCAAUGCCAAGCCAAUAA